CGACCGGAGAAAACACCCGUACAUGCGCUUCGAAACGCCGCAAUAACACUCAAGUCCCGCUGAGGCUCACUUUGGCGGCUGCCCGCGGUCCGACGAAGCUUCGCGUCUGCCGGUUCAUCCCCGCUGAAGGCGGUGAAGUCAGCGGACAGAGAUGAGCCUGGUGGUCCCGCAACAACAGGUGGAGGCGAUUCCAGCGGUGGUCCAGGCGGUAGAGAGCGACUCAGACAGCGGGAUGGGAUCUCCAGCUGAGGAGAUGGUCCAAGAGACGAGCAACAACAGAGAAGAACUUCCAGAUUCUGACGAUGAUGAGGAAGAGAUCGUAGCUCUCAGAAAGCCUCACCGCAACGCCAUCCGAGACAGCGACAGUGAGGAAGAGGAGGCAGCUGCAGAGAACAGCAUCAACAUGGCAGAAGCUCUGGUUCUGUCCACCUCCAGCGGAGACGAGAUGGAGACCGGAGGGGCGGAAGAGAAGGACGAGAGGAAAGAACGGGACGUCAAGAAAAGCAAGAGAAUCGGCCGAGCUCCUGCCGACAGCGAAGACAGUGAAGCCGAGCAGGAGAAAAGAGCAGAAACCGAGGAGCUGAAGAAAGAAGUGAAAUCAACGAAAGAACGGAAGAAGAGAGAGAAGAGCCAGAGACAUCGGGAGAAAAAGGAAAAGCGAAGCAAAGCCGUGGAAAAACUGAAGAAGAAAGAGAGAUUCUCUGAAAGAGAUGAAGAUUCGCCUCUCCCUCGAGCUCUGAACGACAGUGGAUGUCAGCUGGGCGACACCGACCUGUACGACGCCGGUCUGGACGAUGAGGAAGACGAGGAAGAAGAGUCUCUGGACGCCAUCCGAGCUGCCGUCAAGCAAAAGAUGAAAAAACACAAGGAUCCUCUCCUGGAUGACGAGGAGGAUGAAGAAGCCCCUGAGAAACCCCAGCGUGUGGAGAGAAAAGCUGCACGAGCCAGCAAAGAGGCAAUGAAGCAGCUGCACAGCGAGACUCAGAGGCUGGUCAGAGAGUCGAUGCUCGGCCUGCCCUACCACAUCCCCGAGCCCAAGACCAUCGACCAGUUCUUCAAGAGGAGAGCCAGGCCUGAGGGUCCUGCCAUGGCGUUGUUGAAAUCUACAACGUACUCAAAAAUGAUGUUGGAGGCGCCGUUGGCUCCUCCAGCGCCUGUGAACCCACCAAGUGAGCCCCAGCAACCGUCCACAGAGCAGCAGGACCCUCCUCCCUCCCUGGAUCUCUCGUCCACUCAGAUCCAGCCUCUACUUCAGCCUGCAGCCACGUCGUCCCCGCAUCAGCAGAGCCUCAGCCAGCCCGGAGAAACCCCCGAGAACCCAGAUCCUGAGCAGGAAUCGGGCCCGAUGCUGUACCUGUCUGAGAGUCUGCAGGAGUCGGCCACUACGGACGCUGUUGGGAAACCUGCCUCUGAUUCUGGAGAGGAAACGUCGGCUGUCCCGGCAGAACAGAAGGCGGUCGAGUCCGACUCUGAAGCCUUGAAAACGGAGCCUCUGCCUGAGGGUUUGGUCGAACCUGCAGCCCCUCAGUCUCUGAAAGCUGGUUCAGAACCUUCAGUGCAGCAACACAGCAAGCUGAAGAAGGACAAACUGGCCAGACUGAAGGAGCUCGGCCUGGAUCCUCCACCUGUCGCCAAGCUGUGUCCGGAUGACGGAGCUUUUGUUCAGCUGGAGCUCCAACAGCACAACCCUGGCUUGGAGGCCCUGAAGAAGCGUUACCUCCGUCAUGUUCACGCACCGACGCGACCCCAAGGAGAGCGAACGGUGCAGCUCAGCAUCAUCCGCAAAGACAGCACAGCAUCCGGCCAGGAGGAGCUGCUCGCCGAGUCCGUUACCGUCACCGUGAAAGAGGGAGCAGAGGAACCAGCAGCCGCCAAGCCAGGAGAGAAGCUGGUGACUCUGAAGCAGCGCCUGCAGUCCGCCAUGGCCCAGCGGAGGAAACAGGAGAGGGCACGCAAGGCCGAGCUGAACCGCCUCGACAACGAGGACUGCGGGGAGGAGGAAGAGGAGGAGGAAGAUAUGACAGAUGAGUCAGACGAAGAAGAGGGUGUUGAUGACUUACUGGGAGGCGAUGACGGUGAGGAGGAAGAGAAAGAGGAGGAGGAGGAGGAGGAAGGCAGCGUCGCUCAGAGUAUCAGGAGUCCUUCUCCUGUGGCGCUGAGCGAACCGUCGCAAACUCCUGAUCUGGUGAACACAGACGGCACGCUCCUGCUGUUUCCAGGGAACUCCUGCUCUCGCACCGGUGAUGGUGUGAGAAGGUCUGGGCCUCCCGGACACGACAGCAGCAACAAGAUGGAAGAGGACGACUCUCUGUCCCUGGUGAAGGACAACAGCCACAACAGCAGCUUUGAACUUGCUGCGUCCAUGAUAACCUCUUACCAACCCGUCAAUAACCAGCGAUCUGCCGGAAGAGGAAUCUCCAACUCCUCCUUUUUCCGUUCCCCUUCGCCCUGCCUCUUCAGGCCCAGCUUCCCCGGCUCUGCUUCUAAGAGUUCAGGUAAACUCUCCGAGCCCUCCCUCUGCCUCCCCGUCGAGGACUCCCAGGACCUUUACGCCCCUCCGUCCCCCAGCGCCGAUUCGGGUCCUCUGGGCGGAGCUGGUUCUGGUCCCGGUUUGGGAGGAGACUCUCAGGGCCGGUUCUCCCUGGAGGACGACACCCACUCCCAGCUGCUCGACGCCGACGGUUUCCUGAACGUGGGGCCGCGACCCGGAGCUCCCCGGUCCCACAAGAGGCAGCUGAUCCUGGACAGCCUGGACGAGAACGCCAUGGACGCCAACAUGGGGGAGCUGCUGGGCUUGUGCUCGGGUGUGUUUGGGUCGGCGGAGGCCGGCAAAGGAGGAGGUGUGGGAGCUACGCAGGAGGACGAGCUGCUCGGGUUGUGUUCGGGAGCGUUUCCGCCGACUCAGGCUGAAGAGGACGAAGCAGAGAAGGUGAAAGAAGGACUGGAUGAAGAGUCUGACAACACCAUGGAUCAGCUGCUGGGGCUCUGCUCAGGCAAAUUCCCAAGUCCAGGUUCUGCUCACACGGCUUCACCAGCACACGACAGUAAAAAGAAGGAGGAGGAAGAGCAGCAGGAGGAAGAGGAAGAGGAGGAGGACUGUGAGUUCAGACUGCUGUCAGAUGUAGAAAGUGAACAGGAGGACGAUGAUGGUGACGAUGAUGAUGAUGGAGGGGAAAGUGGUGAUGAGCAGGAGGAUGAAGGCGAUGACGUGGAAGAGGAGGAGAUGCAGGCUGUGUUCACAUCCCAUCGAGUCAAGAAGAAGAAGAAGAAAAUGCGUCUGACCGACUACGUGGACUCGGAGGCCGAGCUGUCGGGCAGCGACUUGGGCAGCGACGACGAGGACGCCGACAGAGGCAGCGAGUACGAAGAAGAAGAUCUCCUGGAAGAUCUCCCCUCCGACGAAGAGCUCCAGGACCAAGUCAACAAGAUCCACAUGAAGCAGAUCAUGGACGAUGACAAGCGCCGCCUGAGGCUGUACCAGGAGCGCUACCUGGCCGAUGGAGACCUGCACUCCGACGGCCCGGGACGAGCUCGACGCUUCCGCUGGAAAAACAUCGACGACGGAUUCAACAUGGACCGGAUGGGAGCAGAGGGAGAGGAAGAGGGGGAGGAGGACGAUGAUGUGGACCAGACGGAGGUCCAGAGGAGGAAGGAGAGGCUGGAGAGGGAGCAGUGGCUCAGAGAGCAGUCCGAACAAAAAGCCAAGAAAGGAGAAGAUGUGGACGCAGAUGAUGAGAAGAUCGGAGACGAAGACAGUCACUUCAUGAAGCUGGCCAAGAAGCUGACGGCCAAAACUCUGCAGAGGAAAGAACCCCCCGUGGCGCCGCAGCCGGAGAAGAAGACGACGGCAUCGGCUCUGAAUCCCUUCCAGAGACCCUCCCAGCCUUCACAGGUGAGGAGAGGUUCCCUCCUCAGUCAGCCUCAGUCCGUCCUCCAGAAGCUCGCCUCCAUCUCAGAGGGAAACCCUCUGGCGCCCAGAAACACUCGAGGAUUCCUGUUUCAGACACUUUCACCUGAGAAGGCCACGUUGGACGCUCCUCAGAAACCGACGAUGAAGAAGAGGGGGCAGGUGGAGGCGGCCAAUCCAGCAGCAAAGAGGAUCUGCAGAGAAAACAAACCAGCGGCGCCGACGAAAGCUUCCCAGAGGAGCAUCUUCAGCUUCCUGGAUCACUGACGGCGAGAGGGGACAGAGUUCCUCCUCCAGCUGCAGGACUUCACCUCCAGUAAGACUCAGACACUGGUGCACUGGUGGCCGAUCACACACAGGAACGGGUUUCCAGGUUUGCUUUCCCUCAAAACUGCAACCUGAAGCUCCACCGAAGCACAGUUCCAUGUUUUCCUGCUCGCUGUUCACUAACUCAGCCGGUGUCUGAACUAUAAAUCCGUUGUUGUCUUUCUUACUUAACUUGUGCAGCUCGAUGAAGGGCGGAUUUAAAAAUCUUUUAUCAUGUAAAUAGGAUUGAUUUCAUUCUCAAUAGUUAGUUGUUUUUCUGUUUGUUUUUUUUUGUGUAUGAUGUUUAAAAUGUUUUACUUUGUAAAUAAAAGCGUAUUUUAAGACUC